AUGGCUUCGUCUGCACAACCGGCGCAGCUGCCGCCGGCGAGCACCCGCCAGUCCAACUUCGAGCAGGCCGUCGCCUACGCCCUGCACCUCUGGCCGGCCCUCACCCUCUCCGUGCAAAACAACUGGGGAGGCCCCGACUCUGCCGACAAGCGAGACUGGUUCGCGGGCGCCGUCGUGGAGCUCUUCCCCGAGUUCACCGAUGCGCCGCCCAGCCAGGCGGCCGCCAAGUCUAAUGCCGCGGAGGAGCCCGACAUGGAGGACGUCGAGACGGUGCUGCUGCAGGUCAUGAUCGAUGAGUUCGAGGUCAACGUGGACGACGACUCUGGCGCCGAAAUCGCCGGCCACAUUGUCAAGGCCCGGGCGCAAUGCGCCAUCGGACAGUUUGACGAGGUCAACACGCUGAGGGAGAGGUUCACGAACCUCAAGGGCAAGAAGGUGGACCAACUGUUCAAGAAGGCCGAAGACGCAGACCAAGACACCGACUGGGAGUCCGGCGACGAUGACGACGACGAUGACGACGUGGACAUGGACGACGCGCCCGCUGUGGCAUCGGCGCCCAAGGAGAAGCCUGAGCCCCAAGUAGACGAGGAUGGGUUCACAAUGGUCACGAAAAAGAAGAGGUAG